GCCCAUAAUUGCAAAGGGAAAAGUGGGUUGCAAUGUCUUCCCCACUGCUGUGCCCAUUCUUUCUCCUUUCUCUCCUUCUCUCCUCCUCUGAGUCCUCAAACCACUGGAUAGUGACGGAGAGAGGAAAGAUUAGGCCACAAGAUGAUUCCCCAUUCGCUUUGUACCAAUCCCAUGACCUAAUGGCCCUCAUAAAGCAAGAAAAGAGACUGCUCAGUCUACAGAUACUGAGAGAGAAGCUGGUUAGCUAUAGAGGUGGUUUCCUCGAGCAGUUGGAAAUGAACAAUCACUUUACUCCCAGUGGAAGAGAAUUCACCAAUAAAUGCUUACCAGAGAAUGAAGUAUCUCUACUAAUAGAACCAGCAAUCAUUCCUCUUGAAGAUAAAGGAAUCAGUCAUCAUGAUUAUUUGGAUCCUGCUUUAUUUGAGCCAUCACGCCAGCCAGUUUGCAGCCAGUUCUCAGACCUACCCUUCUCUAUGCUCACUAUGAGUCACUUACCAGCUGUACAAGAGAAAGGCUCACUCAUUGCGUCAGAGCAGGAGCUCCUCCUCCUCAUUCCGUUCUAUUUGCAAAUGAAUGAGUUUGGGAACUCGGUCUACCAAGGACUGGAACGAAACACUACAUCAUGGGUACUCUACAGUUUAGCCUCAAUAUACUGGAGGGUGUAUGGCGAUGCCAAUCAAGCCAUUGACUGCAUUCAAAGGACACUAUACUAUUCACCAAGUAAAUAUCAUGAUAUACCUUUACUUCAUUUGGCGAGUGUAUUGUUUACUUCUAAUCGACUGAUUGAGGCUCUCACUCCAUUAAAGAUAGCACUGUCAUUCUCCACAUCACGUGGCCCACUAUUGUAUCUACUGGGGAGGAUAUACUCGAAAUUAGGUUAUCUUAGUGAAUCAGUAACAUCACUGGAUACUGCAUUACACUUUCAAUAUCGAAUAAGAUCAACACUUGGAUUGCGUGAUAGGAUAUACUGUAGACUCAUUAGUCAGGGGCUUCCCCAUGGGUCCAUGAGUCAGAUCCUUGAUGCUAAGAACCAACUGAAAAAGUUUUGCAAGUUACUCGACGAAGCUUUAAAAGAUGUUUCUGAUAAACCAAAUGGAUCUUUUAUUAACUGGAUAGACUUGCUGACUGAGAAGACUGCUCACACGCAACCGCAUUCCCAUACUACCCUGGCUCAUUCUCAUAGUACUACCCAGACUCAUUCCCAUGCCACUGCUAAGUGUCAUUCUAAUCCUCAGUCGUCUAAUGUUAGUGCUAUUGAGAUCCUCAUCUCGUGUAUGGUGAAGGACAUAUCAUUAGUAAUGGAUGAUGGAGUCUGUAAGAGCAAAGACAAGCAACUUUUAGUUGAGAAGAAACUUAAAAGUUUGAAAGAAAUGAAACCUAAAAUUACAGUAAAAUGUGACGGAUGCAGUACAGAUCCUCCUGGCACCAAGGAAAGAAGACAAGAACAACAGAAGAAAAGAAUAUCAGCUACUAAAAGAAGAACGGAGGCUGAUGCUACUAGCAACAUUUGUCCUAAUGUUCAGUUCCUUUUUUAUCCAAGGCCGAUAUGCCCUGAGAAACUUUUUAAAAACCUUACCCUAACAAAGAAUCCUCCUUUGACAAAACCCAAGAAACCUUCCCGUUACACUGAGGCUUAUCGCUCAAUGGAGUUCAUGCCUUUGUCUGUUCUGUCUCCAUCAGUGGAAGAGCUAGUGUUCCAGAAUAAGACACCAUCAGUUGAUUAUAAUGAUCCUUACUGGCCUAACAAGGCUCAGUGUCUUGAAGUAGUUGAAGGAUUGAACGAUAACUUACCUCGUUUCACCGGAACCUUUCUGACACCAGAAGCUCACGGAAUCAAGUUUAAAGAUCUGUUGACCAAGUAUCCAUUGCCGUCACAUCAAGAGCCCCAUUGUGCUAAAGUGGUACCAUUACCUUACAGUAUGGUAGCACUGGAUCACCUGAUGGGGGUGGCUGGAAGAGAGGAACUACCCACGGGAGAAAGUGUAGCAGAAACUGCAUUGAAACAACUGUUCAUUACUACUGUAAGUGAUGCUACUGGCAUUAAACUUUCACUAAAUGAAUCAGCUCAAUGGAUAACAGCUGCUCUAUACCAAUACCCACAGCACUGGGGCCUGUAUAAUCUAGCAUCAGUCUACUGGAGGUCCAUUGGUAAUGGGUAUGAGAGUAUAGAGUGUCUAAGGAGAGGGAUACACUAUGCUCCUCAGACCUCAAGAGACAUUGGACUCAUUGGUCUGGCUAAUGUACUCCAUCGUCUCAACCAGUUGGAGAGUGCAAUGAUAGCUGCUAGAGCUGCUUUAGAUAUACAGACUGAUUCACCGAUCGGUCACUACACGGUUGCUGGUAUAUAUUUGACUCAAGGGAAUUUAAAAGCUACUAAUUUGCACCUGAGAAUGUCCCUCCAUCUUCAGCCACACUUUAGCCACGCCUACUCCGCACUGAAGCUGGUCAGGUGCUCAUUGAAGUUUAAAGAGGAACAGAAAAUUUUGGAGCAAAAACAACAGUUAUUGCUAGCACAGCAGGAGCUCAUUAAGAGUGGGCAUAACCUCACGGCAGAGAAUCUUCUAAGCAUUAAAGAGAAACUGAUGAAGAUCAAGCAAGAAUCCGAAACAAAGAACCAUCCUGUAGAUGAGGCCGUGCUGUAUUUGACACAGCUGGCAAAAACUUUACGAAGAGAAAAAAGAAAGUCUCAUCCAUCCAUCUCAUCCUCACAUUCACUGCCUCCCUCUCCUCCUUCAGACCCUCCCUCUCCCUCCCCCUCCCCCUCUCUCUCUUCAUCACAACCCACUAAACCUUCUCCUGCUAAGAAGAAGCACUCCUCUCCUUCCCGUCGCUCUCAAAAGCCCAAGUACACGAUGGAGCUGAUGGCAAAGGAGAAUGAGAGGGAGGAGGAACUUAGAAAGAAAUGGCCUGAUAAUCUUCCCUGGCCUACACUCGAUGACUGCGUGGGUAACCCACCACCUCAAUAUGUGGUAUUUACUAGUACCUGGCUCUCUGUCACUGCCAAAAAAAUAAAUAUAUCUGAUUAUAUGGAUUUCACUCAAUCCAUUGAUGAUUAUUCCUUACUGCCCUCCUGCGAGUUAAAUUUUGAUCCUUCGCCUGCAACACUGAAUCACUUAAAGGGAAUGACUGAGCCGCCAUUACUGGACUACAUAGCUGAGAGAGGCCUAGAAGAGGUAUUGUGCAAAUUAUCUGGUUCCUAUCAUUCCAUGGAAGAAAUGGCCACCAGAAUGAAACUAGCAAUGAUAAAGAAUGAUACUAAUUGGGUGGUGUCUAAUUUGGCUGCUCUCUAUUGGAGGAUAGUUGGUGAUGGGGUACAAUCUUUAAAGUGUUUGAAACACGCACUCUAUCAUGCCCCUCCUCAUAAUAAAGAUGUAGCUUAUGUUAGUUUAGCUAAUGUCCUCUACAGAUCUGGUUAUUAUGAAGAUGCUGCUACCUGCAUGCAGUAUGCCCUGGAGACAUCACCUAACCUGGUAGUGAAUCACUUUACCAUGGCCAAUAUACUAGCAGCUCAGAGUUUUUACCGCGAGGCUGCUGGGUAUUAUGAACUGGUACUGUACCAUCAGCCAGAGUUUGGACCGGCUUCUGAGAGACUCAGAGCUUCUCGCUGUAUGAUAGUCCUCGGACAGAACAAGAUUAAAUUGAAAGACCUUCACAAUAAGAACAAAGGGACACCAUCAGACUGAAAGUAUACACUAUACAGUGAAUGAGAUUAUAUUAACUUAUGAGUAUGGUAACAUCAUUCCUGGCUUAUGUUUUAUUUUCUUAUUUGAUAAAAUGAGCUGCACAAUAUAA